GGGAGUUUCACGCUACGCCCUCUGCGUGAAGAAUUUUCAGACUCAGAUUUAAGCAAGUUCUACUACCGUGCUCGUUUUAUUAAUAAGCGGGAUAAACCGUGGACAUGGCUUACCACAACCAGUAUAGACCACCUCAAUAUAACAACGCGCCGCCAGAUCAGAGCUUUUUAUGGAAUAUAUUUCAGAGGGUAGAUAAAGACAGAAGUGGGGCAAUAUCAGACACAGAACUUCAACAGGCAUUAUCGAAUGGCACAUGGACACCUUUUAACCCUGUGACCGUCAGAUCAAUUAUUUCUAUGUUUGAUCGAGAGAACAAAGGUGGGGUCAACUUCAAUGAGUUUGCUGGCGUUUGGAAGUACAUCACAGACUGGCAGAAUAUCUUCCGUACCUACGACAGGGAUAACUCGGGGUUUAUCGACAAGACCGAGCUCAAACAGGCUCUCACUGGCUUUGGUUAUCGUCUUUCAGAUCAGUUUUACAACACACUGAUAGAGAAAUUUGACCGUCAGAGAAAAGGCCAGGUGGCAUUUGAUGACUUCAUUCAGUGCUGUAUUGUUCUACAGAGGUUAACUGAUGUGUUCAGACGAUAUGACACAGACCAGGACGGCUGGAUACAGGUGUCAUAUGAACAAUAUCUCUCAAUGGUCUUCAAUGUGGUAUAGCACAACAUUGGCAUGUCUGCACUCUCGUGUGCCAAACACCAAAUGUCCUUCCCUGUAGUCUUCCAGCAGAUGACUCAACAUUAUCCUCUACAGGAGGGUGCGGGGAUGGACCCUUUAUGACUCUUUGGUUCUUACUGUCUGUUUGUCUGUUAGUAGUCAUAUCAUAUUUCUUUAUUAGGUUAACCAUAUUAUUAUUGUAAGAAAAUCACCCGCUCUUAUUUCUGUGUUUGAGGAAUGUCGACAUUGUGAAAAUCAUAUUAAGACCAGUUGCAUGCUUUCUGAUAAACCUCCUUAAUGUCAAAGCAUGAACUAAUGUUUGUUUAUUUUUUGGCUAAAUUUAAUUCAUGUUUACAAAGUAAUACUGUGAGAGCAGGUUGUGUUUCGCCAUUAAAAAUCCUGUCUUUGGAUUGACUCUCAGCUCUUCCAUGUAUUUGUAAAGAAUUAUAUUUUUAAUCUGCACAGUAAUGUUACAAAUUCAACAUAUUAUUUUAGGAUGGAGGUACAUAUGUUUUGUAUGCCUUUUUCAUGCAUGAUGCCUUACAACUGUACAAAUAACAAUAAAUAUGUUUUAUUAAAAACUGGAAAUUUAA